AUGAAUGAUCUUCCCGAUGAGAUCAUUCACAUAACACAGGGCUUCAUACCGAUAUCCCUACUUCUUACGCGACUCGCCCAGUCCACUCACAACAUGAUACAGGAUAAGAUUGCCGAAUUAGCCAAGAUGCCAAUCUCUACCGCCGCUACAAAUGGUAGUGCAAAUUAUACCCAAAGCGCCCCGGAUGAUACAUCGAUGGAGAACCUUAAGAAGAAGGGAGUGUUGCUGAAUUUCAUCCAAGAUAUGCACUCAAAAUGGGUCAAAGCAUUGGUUAUUACGGAAUGGAGCAGAAAAGCUUCUUCGGUCAGCAAGCUCAUUGACCUCAAAUUUCACAUCGAUCAGCAACGUCUACUUUAUGAUGCAGCUCUGGAUAGCAUCAUAAAUGUGAAGAGAGAUCUCACAUAUGCUCGAAUGCCAAGCCCUGAUCUAAAGACGGCAUUGCAGAUUCUUGCCACUGGAAAGGCACCAUGGAUGCCCGAUCUUCAGUACAUAGAGUUGCCUCCUUUGACACUAGAGGAGCAGCUGAGAGGCAUUGGCGAUUUAGAUACGCUCCUCUCUUUGCGACUGAAUCUUGAUGAUUUCGAUAAGAUACCUUAUCAAUUCCAAAAUUACACGAUUGGGUCUGGCCGGGUGACUUUCAAAGUUGCGGGAGAGUUCGAGGUGGACCUGACAAUUGCCGACGAGGACUUUGAGAAACAAUUCUGGUUCAUUGACUUCAGAUUCGCCUUUCGACCGGCAACACUAUCGCUUCCUGAUACAUUACGAACAUUCUUGGAGAACUGCGUAAAUGAGGCGCUCGCAAAAGAUGGAUUAGCUGGCUGUUAUCAGUUCUUACACGAGUUUGUAUUGACUGCGAAAAUUAAUGAGCUGAAACGCCAAGCUCUACAACUGAACCGAACAUCAUGGAGUGGCACAUUGGCAGUGGAACCUUUGAAUCGAGCUUUAGCCAUCCAAUACUGGACGUCUCGAUCGACAGCUACAGGUGUGAAAAACUGGAUUAUUGUAGCGGUUAGCAGCGGGCGUAAGCCGGGGGGCAGGCCAGAUCCGAAAGCAACAAGUUCUUUGGUAGUUAAAUGGUAUCGCGACAACAAGGAGGUCAAAGAUGUUGAAAUCAAGGUGGACGUUGAGAAUCUAUCAGCGGAAUCCUUACUAAACGACAUCGUUGGACGACACAUUGAGUUCAUCCUCUCAAGCAUUCACUCUAGAUUGUUGGCAACCCCGAGGUUCAAGAAUCGCGAUACUGGUGUGAUGCUCAAUAUUUCCAGAGUUGAUCCAGUAGCUUCCUGCUUAGCCCUUCAGGUAGGAUACGGCGGCACGGUAUCACUCUUAGUCGAACCGAUAAGUGGCGCUUUCGCCAUGAAACCACACUCAAAAUUCUCAAUGCAGCCUGAGCUUCAACUAAACAACAGCAAAAAUCCAUUGGAUGAUGGUGUCAACUUCUUGGAGCACCUGCGGUGUGCGAUUAUAGAGGAUGAGUUGGGCCGAAUGGGAACUGCAAGGGGAUGGUCUGUCCGCAAAGCGCCCGUCAAUGUUGAUGAGUUGAGGUCAAUUACCAAGAUGCGUAAAUGGAGUCGAACGCUAUGGAUUCAACACGGAGGAUGGGGAUCCGCCUGGUUUGUUGUUGUUAUCCUCAGCCUAGACGGGGAUGAGUGGUGGCUGCUUGAGACUGAUCCUACAAAUUCACUUCCAAAUUCAAAUGGCGCCUCCAAAUUCUCAACCCGCCUUCCGCUGAAUAAAGGAGCCCCACAAGUGUCUGGCAUAUUCUGGGAUAACCUGAAUACAUUUGCGGCUGGUAUAAUAGCCCAGUCAGUCGAUAUGAGAGAGCUGCGUCGACUCAAGAUCAAGAGCCAGUCGAGCGGCAGUGCCGACUUGUCAUUACCACAGCAAGUUAGGAUACCAUCUAUCGAAGUGGCGCUGUCGACAAUUUUCCCAUCCAUGAUGCAGGAGACAGCAGAAGAUAUGUCGUCUCAGGGUCAUGGUGGCGUUGUUGAGCCAAAUGAGGAUCUGCAGAUUCUCGCGUUGAUACGCCCAACGUCGGGAUCAACCUCAUCUACGAAGCAACCGUGGGCAGAAGACAUGAUGGCAAUCAGGUUCAAGGGUGUUCAUGCAGUGGCAAGUCAUCGAGAGAUAGACGAAGGUUACACCACGAGCCAUGACCUUGUUUGUACCUCUGAAGCCGUGAUUAGGGUCCGACGACCAGCCAAAUUCCUGGCUCUGAAGGGCAUGGUAGAUCGCGACGUUUCCUAUGAUCCUAAGAGGGGCGAAUUCGUAUUGCAAAUACCACGACCGGUGACUCAGCCAAUAUUUGACAUUCUCAAGUCGCGAGUCAAGGCUAUAGACAGAUUUGUCAACUUUCUCGAAGCUAUGGAGAAGGCUAAGGGUUCAAUUAUUGGCGAGUCUAUCACACUGAAGGCGGUCGUGUUUUGCUAUAGCGCGCCGCCAUCCACACAACCAAAGGACGAAUCUGCGGCUUUGAUUUCGUCUCCUGAACGUUGGAGAGUGAAAAUGGAUCUAUCCAACGAAGACAUUGAUAUCCACAUAGAGAAGGGUAAUCCCCAUCUCCGUGUUAUUGACCUCGCAAGAAACUUGGCGAGCACAGAAGGCGGUAUUGGUUCAUUGAUGGCCUGGCUGCCCGUGUCAUUACCCGCAUUGAAGGCUAUUGACCAGCUAGAUGCCGAAUGGGAUGAGCUGUCGAAGAAGGGGCAGGGUCGGUUGAACUUCAGCAUGAAAUCUCUGACUUGGAUGAACCUUAAGUAUAACAUUUUUGGGGUCAGCAGCACCGGGGAGAAGACUAAGAAGACCAUCUGCUUAGACGUCCGGAUACGGCUUCGCCGCGGACAAGUUUGGUGGCACGCUUGGCGCUCCGAUCCUGAUGCAGCAGCAGACGACGAGAUUAGCAAAGCACUGAAAACCGUUUGGGAUGGCAAGGGGAGCAACUGGCUUGGGCUUGCCACCGGCGCAGCAGCUGAGGCCAAUGAUGGUGUGAUGGACAUGCUGCUUGCAAUUGAUAAGGCGAUUAGGGGAGCUAUAACGACCUCGCCGCAGAGAGAGACGUAA